CAUAAAAUUGGAUGGAUCCUGAGGAUGGAAAGCUGAGAACGAGGGAGGAGACGCUGAGGAUGGAGGGCUGGGCAUCGUUUUGCUCCGAGGAGACAUUUUAAAGCUGAGUGAAAAAUCUAAGUAUAACUUAGCAGGGAGGGGUGGAAUAUCCUCACUCUCUCCUUCUUGUUGCUUUGUCUCUUCUCUUUUUUUAUCAGUCCGAACCCUUCUGCUCUGCAUCUGCUUCCCAGUCAGACAAACGAAGGAGAUUCCUUCUGACCCGCCGUUGACGAUGAAGUCCCAGCUGGUUUUUCCCGUCUCCAGCGCCGCUCUGCUCUGGCUGUGCUGCGGCCUGUGCCGCUGCAGUCCUCUGUUCUACAACAUAUCUGUGGACGGCAGCGGCGACGAACCCGAGCUGGAGCUCAUUUUCCCCACCUCCUUCUCCACACGAGCGCCCGUCGAAGUCUCUGCUGCCACUCCGCCUCCCAGCCUCACCAACACCAUCACCACCACCAUGAUCCGCCUGAAAGACUUUGUCCUGAGCCGAGUGGUGGACUUCCUGCAGGAGAACCUGCUCAUCAUCAUCGUUGUCACCUCUCUUCUCAUUGUUUUGGUCUUCAUCAUUUGCUGUGCGUUCGCCAUGAGCCAUAAGCGCAAGCUGGAGGCUUACAAGCCCCUGUCCAGCCCGCCCAGGAAGUACGCCGCCAGUAAAGCCGGAGCUCGCAAGAACUCAAGCGAGCUCCAGGAGAAACCGUACGCCGUGGACCACGUCAAGAGGGUCCACGUUCAGGGUCCGGCUUCCCCCAAGCAUCUGCGCGUGCCCUCCAAGGCGCUGGUGGGAGACAAGGGAAGAGACGUCGUCAGGUCGUCGCCUCGACAGGAGGCCAGGAAGGUCGGAGGCACAGAGGAAGUGGAAAAAAGGCGGGAGGAAGUGAAGUUCAAAGAACCAGUGAAGCAAAGGGAGGAGGUCCAGAAGAGCGCCAGCUCCAGUCACCCGGUCUGCACCUGCCACCUGAAAAAAUCCAACCACUAACACACAGCCGAGCCAAAACGGGCCAGAGUGUCACUCAGAAGGGAAUGCGUUCAGGUGGAAUCACACCUGCUAUGAAAACGUGCAUAAAAUCGGAAUAAAGUCCAACAAAAGACAGAAAGCUGAGUGUCUUACUGAGCGGGUCUGUAAUUAAUCCACAGCGCCUCAGCGGGUUUCAUUAUCAAGAUUAAAGAAAAAAAAAA